GAAAUUUGCAUUUUGGCAAAUCAAUGACGAGGACAACACAGCUGGCUUCAUAACUCUGUUGACGAACAAUUAAUUAAAACUAUACUCGUUUUCUAUACGUUUCAAAGUAACGACAAAAUAAGGAAUUGAGAGGCACACGACACAACAUUUUUGUUAUCAUCUUCACAUUUAUUCACAUCUUAUAAUAAAGAGAAGUAGGUGGACAUUUAAUUUUGGACCAAGAUGGACAACUCGGACAUGCUCGCAUCCACCAAGGCGCUGAUGAAUCCUCUGAUACUGAAGCUCGUCUUGUCUUAUAUGGACGCCCCCACUUUAAAAUCCGCCCGAUCCGUGUGCACCCUGUGGGCUGACUUGGGCGCCUCACUUCUCGCGAAACAGGUCUCCGUGACCUUCACAGCCGAGCAAUGCUGCCGAAAAGAAAUCUCCAAGGAACUGGGAUCCCUUGACCCGAAACUGACCAGAAGUGUCAUACUGAUUAUGGCUCCACCGCCCUGCUGUUGGAUUUCCUUGCCCGAAAACUUUGCCACAAAUUUGCCACACGUUUCCCACCACAUUGUGGAAUUGGAUGUUACAAUGAGCUCGAAAUUUGUACCGGCGUUGGAACAAAUGUGGAUUAUGCAUCACUUCCCGAACCUUCGACAGCUCACUAUUACUGUCGUUACUAUUGAAGUUGAUGAUCAGGAUAACUCUGACUUGCAUGAUGAAGAAGCCGAUGUUGAUGUGGAGUUUAUCGCGGUGACUCCGAAAAUCCCGAAAUUCAUGGCCUUGCCAAACCUGGCGUUUCUCAAGAUAGUCGUCAGUGAUCGAUAUGACAGUGGUCGGGACGACGGGAUAUCUUCGAUUUGUCAAGGACUACUCAAUUCCGCAUCUGACAUUCUCAAUGUCGAUAUCCAUGCCAGUUUUUUCCCAGAUUUCACCACUUGUACAAACCUGGAGGUUCUUAGUUACACAUUGGUCCAAUUCUUGUACAACUGGGUGGAAGAAUACGGGAACGUCGACAUGUCCAAAUUGACCGGGAUGUUAGACGCAUGUCGAAAUUCGUUGACCGGUUUGACCCUGUCGUUCCCGCGUGAUUUGGAGAACUUUGCCCCGGUGAAUUUCAUGCUCCCCUCAAUCCCAAAUCUGUCGGUCAUCAAUAUCAGAAAAAUGUACCCCUUGGGAAAUUUUCUGCAUCCCGUCAAUCUUCCAAAUCUGACCCACGUCACCUUCUCCGAUUACAACUCGUCAUGUCUCAGUCUGACUGACAUUUUUCAAAAUUUUGAUCUUCCCCAUGAACGGAUUACUUCACUUGACGUGGAAGCUUUCUACACAUUUUUCGACACUGAUGUGGAAACUGCGGCUAAAAUCGUCCGACUUUUCCCAUCAGUAACAAACUUUCGAUUGAAGUUGACCGUUUUUGAUGAGUUGAACUUACCGGAAAUGUUGCAGUCCUUUGCCACGUGGGAUUUGACGUCUGGUUUGGUGGAGAUUGAGAGUGGUCAGAAGUCAACUGACCUUCUGGCCGUGUUGCGAGGGGUUGUUUGGUGGCAGGGUUUGGCACACACAGCAGUUAACUUUGAUGUUUUGGAGAGUCCCAAGUUUGUCCUGGACGAUGAGAUGAAAGAGAUUCUGUUGUUGUGCCGAUCGCUUAGGUGGAUUAAGAUUUCGGGAUUUCGGAUGGAGGAGGAGGAGAGAAAAAAAUUUGAAGAGUUUAUUGAGGAACACGCUCUCCAGAUCAGUUUGUUGAACUGGGUGAAUUAAGCACCAUUCAUUAAUAUUCAUUGCAAAUUAACUAGUUAAUAUGUAAACAAAAUUUGUAGCUGAAUUACAUAUGCAGAAAUUUACUUAAUUGUUCGAAUGGUCGGGUCGUUUUUUAUCCUUCACAAAAUUGUUAUUCAUUUCCACCUAGAAUUGACGCAUUUUGGGUUACAUUUUGGGUCCGUCCAUGAUAAAUAAAAAUUUCACCCAAAAAUA